CAUCUAUUGAUUAUGUUGAAAGAAUUCCAAAUUUUAUAAUUGAAUGGAUAUAUAAUAAUCAAAAAUAUAUAGUAGUUUCACAAACUUCACCUUCGGAUGCAUCUAACAAAUAUUGUAAUGUAAGGAAGAAAACCGCAUUUUCUGGAAUACUCGUUUUUGGACUACAACUAUAUGAAGAGCUAAUUAAAGCUAUACAAAAAAAGAGUCAUUCACGGUGUGUCAAACCUCUUAGUGAUCUUAGCAAUUAUUCGUAUAGAAAUAGAACUAAAAGGGCGGCUAAAAAUUUAUUCGACGAUUUUGAAGCAAAAAAAAAUAAAAUUUGGAAUCCAAAAAAUAAUCCUAGACUUAAAAAAAUAGUAUUAGAAGCGGGUAAACAACCAUGGGUAGUAAAGUUUGAUGAAGAUCAACAAUUAGAAAAAAAAAAGGCACGAAAAAUAGUUCAAUCAAUGGAUCAAUCCAAUAUUUCACGAAGAGGAUAUAGGGCUCUGACAGUCGCUUCACAAGAUUUACCAAAAGAAUGGUUAAUUAGUAGGGAAAAGCAUAAGAUUGAUGAAAUAAUGCAAAAGCAUAUUCCAUUAUUAGAAUAUGAUAUGAUACAAAUGCAAAAUAAUGAUUCAGAUGAUUCGGAUGAAUUAGAUGAAUUAGAUGAAUUAGAUAGCGAAAAAAUUACAAAUACAUUAGAAAAGGGUGGCUAUC